AUGAGAGCAACGUUCGUCGUCAAGACAAUCCUGAUCGUUCUUUCGAUCGCAUUCGUGACCUAUUCAUUCGUGUGCUUCUCCAUCGGCGAGAAUUCCACGUUCACCGAGGAAAACGACCAAGCGAAGAAGAUACUUUACUGGAACAGAAUGUACGACGACGAGACGUUCCGCAUGGGUAAAGGUGAAAUUUUCCACGACUGUCCCGUGAGCAAUUGUUACGCGACCGAUGACAGAAAUUACGCGAACCUGACGGACUUUGACGCGAUUCUAUUUCACGAAGUGAAUCUGGACGUUUGGGACCAGCCGAGGGCAAGGAGCCCGAAACAGUGGUACGUGUUCGUGAAAAUGGCGAGUCCGUACAAUGUGCAACCGGUUAAUUACCUUUUCGAAGGUAACUUCAACGCCACGAUGACGUACUACCUCGACAGCGAUAUCCCGUGGACGUACGGGAUCGUGAGGGACAAACUGAGCAACGAGACAGUCGCUCCUUUGCAGAACGCCAAAUGGAGCUCCUUUCACGAUCGCCCCGAUAAUGGAAAGGUCGGCGUGCCGCCGAUUGAGAUCGCGAGCAAGAAGAAAGCGAUAGUUUCGUAUCCGCAGGACUGCGAAGCGAAGAACGGUCGGGCAGAAUACGCGGCUGAGCUGUCCAAGCACAUAGACGUGGACGUUUACGGUGAAUGCGGCAAUUAUAACUGUUCCUACGGCGGCGACUGCUUUUCUAAGGUCUUCGAGCGUGACUACUACUUCUACUUGUCGUUCGAGAGCGCUCUCUGCGAGGAUUUCGUCACCGAACACCUGUACAAUCCACUCAGAUACGACAUCGUGCCGAUUGUCUACGGCGCCGCUAAUUACAGCCUCUUCGCUCCUCCGCAAUCCUACGUAAACGCCUUCGACUUCGACACGCCGGAGGAUUUAGCGAAAUAUUUACAAUGGCUCAUCGAUCAUCCCGAUAUAUACAAAAAGUACUUCGCCUGGAAACAGUAUUACGAGAUUGAAGAUGGCACGCCUCGCGCUAUUUGCAGUCUGUGCAAAUUUCUUCACGAACAGCGUGAACCGAAAGUGUAUCCUAUCUUAUCGAGAUGGUCCAGCGUGGGUAAAUGUCCUUUGCAGAGGCUUUUGUAUACUCAUCGAUACCUCACUAGACAUGUUUUGAAUAAAACUUAG